UUUGCUCCGAAGUUUUCUCGACUCCAGCGGCGACAUCGCCAUUUUAUGUGUUUGGUGCUGUCACAGAACGGGUGACACGGGUGCGUGCGUGCGUGCGUGCGUGCAUGCGUGCGGUGCGGUGCGGUGCGGUGCGGUGCGGUGCGGUACGGUGCGGUGCGGUCGUGAUACACCCCAGGAGCCAAGAGAGAAGUGCGUCCUCCCCGCGUCGGCGUCCAGAACGUUCCUGUGGCGCGCGAUUUGCCUGGCGUCCGUUCGAGUGGAGGAGCAUCCUCGGCAUCGCUAAACAUGUUGCCUGAACAACGGCCCGACCCGGACGCGUACAAGUAACGACGGCGGCGGCCAUCGGCCAUCGGGCGAAGCGCUCGCUCCGCUGCCAGCCAGGGGUGUCGGUCGCGGUCGUGCGAGGGGCACGCACACACGACACGGCGAUCGGCUCAUCGAGAUGGUGUAGUGUGGCACGCGCGCGAGGCGGGCCCCCUGUGUAAGCGCGAGAGUGAGAGAGUGUGUUCUCGUCGUCGCCGUAGUAAUAAAAAAGUGCAUCUGCUGCGGAUCGUGACUCCGCGUUUCCCACCCCUCGUCGCCCCCGUUGUAUCGUCCGACUCUGUCGCCGACGAUCGUCUCGAAGAUCACUGUGCCAUCGUCGUUGUCAUCGUCAUCGUCAUCGUCGUUGCCGUCGCUGUCGCCGUCGCCGUCGUCGCCGCCGUCGUCGCCGUCGUCGCCGUCGUCGUCGCCGUCGUCGUCGUCGCCGUCGCCGUCGUCGUCGUCGUCGUCGUCGUCGUCGUCGUCGUCGUCGUCGUCGGCGGAGGACGUCGCGAGACGCCCGACCUUGUUAUCAAGACCACGGAUCCCACCACCGAUUACCCUGGAUUACUCGCGACACGACGCCUGCUGGCCAUCAGUUACGAUGACUACGGUGCGCGCCAUACCCUCGGACAAGAUAAAUCUACGCCUCAUCCUCGUCAGUGGCAAGACAAAAGAGUUCCUAUUCAGUCCAAGCGAUUCCGCGGGCGAUAUAGCGCACCACGUGUUUGAAAAUUGGCCGGAAGACUGGGCAGAGGAGGCGGUCGCUAAAGCAGAAAUCCUGCGGCUAAUCUACCAGGGUCGUUUUCUGCACAGCAAUGUCACGCUCGGCGCUCUUGGGCUUCCCUUCGGUAAAACCACAGUGAUGCAUCUGGUGCCGCGAGAGAAUCUUCCGGAGCCUAAUUCUCAAGAUCAGAGACAAAAAAGUAAAGGCGGCGGAAGUAGUUGCUGUUCAGCUUCAUGUUGCAUACUCUAAGUGUCCCGGUGGCCGUCGCUGACAUCGGUCAGAUGGAUCCUCGCGGCGGAUGAGCGUGCGGCAUGGGCAAGCUCAGCUCGGGCUUACCUACAGCGCUGACCCAUGGUUUCUAAGAUUUUGUGCUAAUGUACAACCGUUAGUGGCUGAGCUCCGUGAGCAGUGUAGCAUUCAAAAAAAAAAAAACGUCAGAAGAAUGAAAAAAAAGGGAGUCUCGCUUCACGCGACAUCCGCGUCGACAACGAUGCAUUUCCCGAUGAAUGAAUCCUCCAUGCGCAGGAAGAUUCGCUCGAGAAGAAUAACGGACGAGCAGUGCGUCCCGUUACGAGAGGUUUGGAUCGUUGUUGGCGAAUUACGAUUAGCCGACGAUCAGCUUGCCGGGAGAGAGAGAGAUCUCUGCCGAAUUGUGCCGAUAGUAUCGUAAUGGUAUCGACUAACUUGAACUAACGACCUUACUUUGGACGCUAUUGGCUUCUGUUGUAAUACACAGAUGAACACAAGAAAGAUUUAAUUAGUCGUAAAUUUUGUUAACAGCUUGAAUCGAGGAUCAAUCAGCUAUUUUCUUUUAUCGCUUUCUAACUCUCUGACAACUACUGCGACGGCGUUGCGAUAUCGAAAAAGAAGGAAAAAAAGAGAAAAGAAAUAUGGGAUCGUUCGUGUAAAAUUAGUUUGCAAAUAAUUGACACUUAACUGAAUUUUGGUUAACCACAGAGUUAACUAAAUAAUUUUAUUAAGUGCUCCGAUUAAUUUCGCAUGACGAUAUUUCUUCAUUUCUGCAACGUUUACUGUUAGGAUGUAUAUAAAUGAAGUAAUCGUAAAUGUAUAGUUAGCGAUCUUAAUUGAAUUUCACUUAGAGAUUUUUUAUCUUUCCCCUAGAUUAUAUAGCUAUAGCUAUUAUGUCGAUGAAGAAAAAACGAUCAUUUUAAUUGAUGGUUAAAUUUUCAUCGGCGCAAUGUUCUAUACUUUUCUAGAUUUUACGGCCGUAGUUGUAACUCCCGAGAUAGGGAGAGACAUUAUUUUCGUAAAUCGCAUAACACUUUUGGUUAACUUUUGUUAACGCCUUCAGUUAACUUAAGUUUUGCCCUCGACUUGACCUAAAUCAAUUUAAUUUAAUUCCGCGUCUAUCCCGUGAAGCAAAACUGUGUAGAAGCAGAGAAUUCUAGGAAAGUUAAACGUCAGUUAACUUUAACUAUCCUUUAGUUAACCGCCGCAGUUAGUGCACCUGUCGGUGUCGGUGCAACCGGCCUCGACGAUCAAGGAGGGUGAUGCAAAACAAUUACGCAUUCGCCGCGGAUGUUUGUAAUCUCGUGUUUUGUUUGCCCCAAAUAUAUAAGAAACUCGUGUACGUAUGCGCGGUAAGACGAAUAGAAUUUCCAGGGAAAGAGAGAGAGAGAGAGAGAAAGAAAGAAAGAAAUCGGGUAGCGGAAAGCUAUGUUCCGUUUUAUGCGUACAUCCGAGACGCGCCCUGAAACAGCGCUACAAUGCUUAGAAACUCAACCACUAUCACAGUACCGCAGCAUUAUGAUAAUUAUGUAAACGAGAUCGUGUGCAUGCUUGCGUAAAUUGUAUGUAUCGCAUUUGUAA